AUGGUGGCCCGCGAAACUUCAGCACCAUCGAUCGUCCUCCUCCAGCUCUAUCCAGGAGAGGCAGACCAACCGAUCGAGUGCAGCAGCGAGUCCGUCCUCCUAAGCAGCGAUAUUUCUUACGAAACACUAUCGUACUGCUGGGGCCAACCCAUCCGCGACAUCGCCAUCACGCAAGACGGUACGCCGACGCUCAUCACGAGCAGCCUGUUCCAAGCCUUGCGUCGGCUCCGGAGACCAGACCGGGCGCGGACCGUCUGGAUCGAUCAGCUCUGCAUCGACCUCAGCAACGAGGCAGAAAGGUCGACGCAGGUCAGUGUCAUGCAGCAGAUUUACCGCAACGCUGCUAGAGGCAUCAUCUGGCUCGGCGAGCUGCCGACAGACGCCGACGACUGCGGGUUCACCGCUGAGGAUGUGGAGAAUGCGUUUGAGAAGUUGGCCCUUUUCGAUCCGGAAAGGUAUGAUCCAAGUGCUCUUGGAGAAACCAGCGGUGACUGCCGUGAGAAGCUGGGACGAGUCAUCCUCUCCAUGAUGGGCUCGCCUCACGCAACGUGGAAAGCGGUGCGAUGGUGGCGGCGCAUCUGGACAGUCCAGGAAGCCCAGCUCCCACCGAGCUCCAUCCUCCAAUGGGGCCAUCUGACCGUCUCCUUCAGCCUCCUGAAACGCAUCGCCGUGCAAAUGACACGCAGCGGGGAGUACUGCACGCAGUGGCGCCAGGUCUUCGGCGUCGGCUGGCGAAUCAACCACUUCUGCACGCCCCUGGUGAAUCUCCAAAUCCACGAACCGACAGGCACGCUCGGUACUCUGUUCCGCUGGCGAGAGCGCGAGACGACGGAGCCGCGCGAUAAAAUCUUCGCGUUGAUGGGUUUUUUUGCGGAGCCGCCGCUUCCGAGCAUCCCGUCUUGCGAUUACAGCCUUUCGGUCGUGGAGCUUUACAAGCUCGUCACGCUGGACCUCAUCAGAGAGAAUCGGGGCCUGCUUCCCCUUGUUGGCCGCCGUGGGGAGCCCCGUACGACACCGGGUUUGCCGUCAUGGGUCUUCGACUGGAUGUACCCCGAGCAUCCAGAACUGCGCAGCGGCCAUACCUUCUUUGGCAACUGCCGUCGAUGGGAACAUUUCGCUUGCGAUGGCGGCCGCUACAUCGAGCCGACUGUUCGUGGAAACGACGGCCUCGUCCUCCAGGGUUGUCGAAUCGACCGUAUUGCUAUCCUGGCCCCGGUCCGCUAUGUAGACCAUCGAGUCGUCACGGACGAAGAAUUCGACGACCACGCACGAGAGAUAGGCGGCACGUUCAGAAACGUCUUCGAGACGUGGCUGGAUUCACAGGAUCCAGGCAUCUCGUACAUCGCGGGAGAAUCAGUCUCCCCGCUUGACGCAUUCCGGCGCACCCUGAUAGGAGAUGUUGUGUUACCCAGUGAUUACACGGACUAUCGAGCGUCCGCCGAGGACGCAGCUGCAGUGGAUGAGCAGUUGAAUGGGGGAUCCACGCACGUGUUCCAUUCUCUCCGGGACAUGGUAACUUCGCAGUCAUUCUUCAUCACGCAGAAUGGCUACUUUGGUAUUGGCCCUCCGGGUGCGCGUGUCGGCGACGAGGUCUGGGCUUUCCUCUGCGGCAACUAUCCCCAUGUUCUGCGCGAGAAUGGCGGAAGUGCUGAAGUGAAAGAAGGCGGAUUCGUGCACGUUGGCGAUGCGUACGUUCAUGGGAUCAUGGAUGGCGAGGUGUUCGAGGACAUGGGGCGUGUGGCGGUGGAGGAAGUGGUUUUAUACUAG